UAUAUUUCUGUGAUUUUGGGAUCACAGAUAUGACCAACACUAGUGGGGAAUUAUCUCAGGGAAAUGGUGGUGCUUCUCUUCCCCCUCCUAAUUCCCAGCCUGGACCACUAGAGCAUCAACGUUCUCAUGGUGGUAGCGGCAAUACGAUUUUCAAGAGUGGGCCACUUUUCAUAUCUUCCAAAGGAAUCGGAUGGACAUCCUGGAAGAAAAGGUGGUUUAUUUUAACACAAACUUCACUAGUUUUCUUCAGAAGUGAUCCUAAUGCUGUCCCUCAGAAGGGAAACGAAGUGAAUUUGACCCUUGGUGGCAUUGACCUCAACAAUUCAGGCAGUGUUGUUGUCAAACCAGAUAAGAAACUUUUGACUGUACAAUUUCCUGAUGUUCAUGAUGGACGAGCUUUCACACUUAAGGCUGAAACUACAGAGGAUUUAUAUGAGUGGAAGACUGCACUUGAGAAUGCUUUGGCACAAGCACCCAGUGCUGCCAAUGUGAUGGAGCAAAAUGGUAUCUUCAGGAACGAUCAGACUGAUUCAAUUGAUAUUUCUUUGGACCAGUUGAAGGAAAAAGAACCAGUGAAAUCUAUUGUCCUUGGCCGGCCAAUUUUACUUGCUCUUGAGGAUGCUGAUGGUACUCCAUCAUUUUUGGAGAAAGCAAUGAUAUUCAUAGAAGAGCACGGAGCUAACGUAGAAGGAAUCUUGCGACAAGCAGCUGAUGUUGAUGAAGUUGAACGUCGAGUUCGGGAAUAUGAACAAGGAAAGGUUGAGUUUUCUGCAGAUGAGGAUGCACAUGUUAUUGGUGAUUGUGUUAAGCAUGUGCUUCGGGAAAUGCCGUCUUCUCCAGUUCCCGCAUCUUGUUGCAAGGCACUGUUAGAAGCUUGUCGAACUGAUCGUGCUAGUAGGGUUUCUGCUAUGCGCACAGCAAUAAAUGACACUUUCCCUGAACCAAAUCGCCGCUUAUUGCAAAGAAUUCUCUUGAUGAUGCAAACUGUGGCUUCACGCAAAGCUGUGAAUAGAAUGAGCUCCUCAGCUGUGGCAGCUUGCAUGGCACCCUUACUUCUUCGCCCCCUUCUUGCUGGAGAAUGUGAGAUCGAAAAUGAUUUUGAUGUUGGUGGCGAUGGUUCUGUUCAACUUUUACAAGCAGCUGCUGCGGCUAACCAUGCUCAAGCAAUUGUUAUAACUUUAUUAGAAGAAUAUAACAUCAUAUUCGGGGUAAUAUGUCUUGAUAUUGCUUUUUGCACGCAGGAAGGUUCUGUGUCCCCUGAUAUAUACACCGACUCAGAAGAAGAGAGUGGAUCUGAGACUGAAGAGGGUACAGAUGAUGAUUUGUCCUAUGAUGAUGAUUAUGACGAUGAACAAGAUGAAUCAAUACAGGGGUCCGACGCAGGUGAAGAAGAUGAUCUUGGUAGUGAAUCCUACAGCGGAAGUGGAGCUUCUGAUGCAUCUGAUGAUAAGGACCAUAAUCAUUCUAGCGCAAGUUCAAAAUCCUCAGGUGAGAGUGAAGAAUCUAAAGUUAAGCGAAAACUAUCAUCAAGGACACUUGUAGACUCACCAACUCAGCAUGAAGAUAUCAAAAGCAGUGAAAAUCUCAAGGGUCCAACUAAGACUGCUUUUGUAGAUCAGACCAAUAAGUCUGGUGAUAUAGUUGGAGGAGUUUCCACUGACCAAGCCACAAAGCAUAACUCCAAUCCUUCAUGUAUCAAAAAAUCUAUGUCCAAUGGCCCAGCACCUCGACACCGCAACUUUUUGGGGCGCACCUCUGCAAGGAAGAACCUUUCCAUGGAAUCCAUUGAUUUUCCUGAGGAUGAUGAAGAUGAAAUUGAAAGGCUCGAAGCUGUUAGGACAGAAUUACAAAACGAAAUUGCAGAAGAGGUAAAGGCAAAUGAAAAGCUGCAAUCUCAUAUGGAUAAACAAAAGAAAGACUUGGAAGAGCGUCGUCUGGCUCUUGAGCAAGAUGUGGCUAGACUACAGGAACAGUUGCGCAAGGAGAAGAAGUCUCGGGUAACUCUUGAGGCCAAGGCAGAGCUUGAGGAAUUAGCUCUGGUAGAAGCAGAUCUUGCUAACUUAGAGCGGAAGGUUGAGGAGCUUGGAGUGCGUCUUAAUGCACAGCUUGAACGGAGUUAUGGAUCUAAUCAACCACGCCAGAUAUCAAAUCAAGAAAGAAAGUAUGAUUAUCAGAAACAUAAGGCAGACACUGAAGUUGCUGCCACAUCACAAUCUGACAGGUCAAUAAGUAAGGACACUCAUAUUGGUGGAGCAGAAAGUGAUAAUGAGAGAAAGCCAGAGUCAACACCUUUACCAAACAAAUAUCCACCAACUAGUUCCAAGAAAUCUGGUACAAAGGGUGAGGGAGCAAAUUCCACUACUUCUGCUCUGACAAAACUGACAUCCAGACUGAACUUUUUGAAGGUGGGUCGAAGUCAGGUUGCAAAUGACCUCCAAAACAUGGAUAAAGGCAGAGAGUCAAGUCAUUCUUCACACAACCUGGAUAAAGGAAAAGGAUCUGAACGUCACCAAUCCCUUCCAUCCCCUACUAGGCCAAACCCGGAAAAGGGUAGAGGCCUAGACAGUUCCCAGUCACUCCAGAUUUCAGAUAGAAGUUCGGGCAAAGGUAAAUCACAUCAAAAUUCAGACAAAUUGAGAAAAUCAGAUAGUCAGCCACACUACUCAGGUGAUGGAUGGAAUCAACAACCAAAACACUUGGAAAGAGGAAGGUCAGAAGGUCAUCAUGAGUCUUAUAAUGUGGAUAAAGGUCGAUGAUUACAGGGCCAAUCUUUUGUUACAUAACAAAAUCCAGAUGAUACGAGGCCAUUGCAAUCCGUCAGUGUUUUUCUUGUCCACGUGGGCGCAUUGCUCAUGUCUUCAACAAAUUUUUGUGUGGUUUAUGAAAUAGAGUGAGAAGAAUCCUUCUUUGUUAAGGUUGGCACAAGAGCCCAUAUUUAAUUGAGAGAAUCUAAAAGGAGGAUGUGCAAGGCGUAGUUCAACCAUCCCCUUGACAUAAGCAGAAGUGUUUGUAACCCAACAUGCUGAUUUUUACUGCCUCAGUAAACAGCAUGAUGAUUUUGCAAUUACAUUAUCGUAUUUGUAACUGCAAUAACGUUAAGAGUUGUUUGGCAUAAGCUG